ACAUGGAUGAAGAGGAUAAAGAAGAUCAGAACAGUUCUUGUCAGAGAACCUUUCUGUGCAGUCUUUGUAAACGGCGGUUUAUGUUGCGCUCUAGCGUCAGGAGACACUUGCGAAAAGUCCAUCAUUUUACACCUGAAGAAGCAAGAGAGUGCGAUAUUCUUGCUGAAGAAAACAAAGACCAACUAUACCGAAUCAGAAAACCAGUUGAUGCAGAAAAAAGCUUGUCCGGUAUUACACCAACCCUGCCACCAGAGAAGUCUGCAAUCAAGGCUAAACAGAGGACAGAUAUAUCGUGUAAAAUAUGUAAUCAAAAGUUUAGUCAAAGGUUUGGUCUAAAACGUCACUUGAUUAAUGUUCAUAGGUUGGAGGCACCCGAGGUAGAAAGUUACAUGGAAGAACAAAUGAAUGAGACUUCUCCAGGUGUAAUCCAAACCUGUAGCUUGUGUUUUACUGCUUUUGAAAGUAGGCCUAAACUACGAGUUCAUCUAAUAAAAUUACAUCGGCUGUCUGAAUUAGUUGCAGACAGGAUUCUUGUUGGAGAAGAAAGGUCAGAUUAUACCGAAGGAAUCGAAACCGACGUGCUCAAUUCUGGAACAGAAUUGGAUGUUUCUGAUGGUUUUGAAGAAACUGGACAAGAACAAACAAGUGUAAUGUACAUGAAUGACAAAGAUGGGGAAGUUGAAAAUUUCGAUGUUGAUGAUGAUUCUAAUGAAAUGAAACUGGGAAAUAGUAGUGAUGUCAUGUUUGGUUUAAAAGGCGAAAAAGAUCUCUUAGCAGAAAUGAAUUUUGAGGCAAUUAAUCCAUGGGGAACAGAACUUAAGUCUGAAGAUAUUGAACCAGAUAAUCUUGGAAUAAGUGAACCGGGGUCAAAUGCAGAUAUAGACUUCCAUCUGACUGAAGAAGAUAAAUUAAUGGACUCUAAUGAUGGCCAAGACCCCAUGAAUAUAAACCUCAUUCCUCAAGAUAAUGAAAAUGAUUCUGAAAGCAAAGCGGAAAGUGUGAAAAGUACAAUAGGAUCUCAGCAUAGUUCAGGACUACCUUCUUAUCUCCAGAAAAGGAGUUAUGAUUGUCCUAUAUGUGGAAGAGUUAUGAGUGAUGCCAGUGCUAGGUCAAAACACAUACGAAGACAUGAGGGUAGAGCUGGGUUCAAGUGUGGGUUGUGCGAUAAGAUCUUCCCUCAGUUACGCCUGAUUGAGAGUCACCUGAAAACACACUGUGGGUUUGGAGUGAAGUGCGGUUUAUGUUUCAUAUAUUGCGCAGAAAGGCAUGGUGCAAAAAGACACAUACACAGAAUACAUAACAUAGAACCAAAUACAGAGGAGUCCGAAAGGAAUAUAUUAUCUUGUACAUUAGAUGCACCAAAUAUUCAAGAGAACAUGCACAAUUAUACAGUGAUUGAUCUGUCAAAACAAAAAGACAUCAUUGAAAUUGUACCGAACACACUCCUGGGUAAAAAGACUGAUUUUGAAAAAUGGAAACUUGAAACUGCAGAAGCCAAAGCAAAAGAGAAAAUGGAGUUGAGAAAUAGUAUAGGUGAAAGUGAAGAAAUACCAAGUGUUAAAACAGAGGAUGUUUCAGGAAAUAUGCAGUCUGAUUUUCGUAUGAGUGAACCUGUUGAUUUGAAUGGUUCUGCAGAUUCAAGGGAUUCCACUCCAAAUGUAAAAGAUGCUGUUCUAAACAAGUUGAAAGUGAAACCUAAAAAAGCUACAAGAAUUGACUCUGUGAUAAGUUCCUUACACAAGAAGUUAUUGACAAAAAGCAUAAAUGGAUCCGACACUGAGGACCAGUCAGACAGCGGAAGUCAAACAGAAACCGAUUCACCAAAAUCUGUUUAUAGUGCUGAAAACUGUUCCCCACUAAAGAUAAAAUUGACCAAAAAGUUUACUGUUGAAAAGUCGCCAAAGAAAACAAAACAUUCUGACUCAGGAGACAAUGACGAAGAUGAUGAUGGUGAAGAUAAUUAUGGUGAAGAUGAUGAUGGUGAAUAUUCUGAUCAGACUGUUGACAUGGAUUAUGAAGAAAAACCUCCUGAGGAUGCCACAUAUCAAAAUUCUGCUGAAGAUAACAAAAUGAAUGUUAAAACUGAAAAGGAUCAGAUAGAUCAAGAUGUGGCUUUACUGGACCAAGAGUUGAUGAAGGCCUUUAUGCCUGAGCUCUCUGCUGGUGGUAGUAUGAGUAACCUUGACUCCUUGGAGAGGACCUUGAACGCUCUGAAGAAGGAUAAAGAGGAAGCCCCGCCAAAACCAGUACCUCACCUGAUCUGCUGGGAGUGUGGCAAGUCCUACUCCAACUACAAGUCGUACCGGGAACAUCGCAGGAAGAAACAUCCACUUAGCUGUAAUCUCUGUAGACAGGUGUUUGUUGAUGUUCUGCUGUACCAGAGUCACAUGCAGGCGCACGGGGAAGGGAACAAGGUCCCUCGUAAUCAUGACUGUCCCGUAUGUGGCAAGGAAUUUAAAGAUGCAAGUUCCAGGGCCAAACAUCUUAGACUUCAUACAGGAGAGAAGCCAUACAGGUGUGAGAUAUGCGGUAAACGUUUCACUCAAACUGGUCACCUGGCUAGUCAUAUGAGGAUCCAUAAUGGCGAAAAACCGUUUGAUUGCAAGCUCUGCGGAAAAUGGUUCACAGAGAAAUCCAGCGUUAAACGCCAUCUUCGUAAGAUGCACUUCAACCAGUACAACAAGAAAUGUAGUGUGUGCGGUAUCAUCUCCAAAACACGUGAAGAACAUCGUGAUCAUCUCGUCACUCACAAACUCAAAGUUUAUACUUGCCAAGUCUGUGCUAAGGACUUUAUUGACUCUCGUGCGCUUAAAGUGCACGUGUUUAAUGCACAUUCCCAGAUUACUCAGUCGUUAAAUCUCAAAGAGUACCGUUGUCAGGAGUGUGAUAAACAGUUUUUCUCAACUAAAGGACUGAAAAAUCAUCUGAAAACCCACAAAAUUGAUGUACAGAUGUAUAACUGUGAAAUUUGUAACAAAUUAUUUUUCAAUGAAGAGUAUAUGAAGAGUCAUAUGAAAACUCAUUCAACGAACAAGGAACGGUACUGUGAGAUAUGUCAUAAGCACUUUAAUAGUGCUGCCUAUUCGGCCUUCCAUAGAAAACAACACAUUCUUGAAAAGCUUAAUGAAGUUAUGGCUGCAAAAGAGACACAAGAAAAGAAAUCCACCCUUCAAAUAAAUGCAGAAUUAAAAGAAAAUGACAAAAUGUCCGAUUUAGUGAACAAAGCUUAUAAAGUGGUCUAG